CGGGGGCGGCCCCAGCGGAUGAAUGAAGCGGCGCGUGGCUGCCGGGGAGGCCAGAGCGUGGAGCGCUGCGCUGCGCGGCGGCCGGGCCCUCGAGACGGGGACGGACACACCAGCCCCUCGGAUACCACUUGGCCACUCCCGCUGAGGCCACUCCCACUGCGUGGCUGAAGCCUCGAGGUCACCAGGCGGAGGCACGGAGAUGCCCCUGCAUCAGCUGGGGGACAAGCCGCUCACCUUCCCCAGCCCCAACUCAGCCAUGGAAAACGGGCUUGAUCACACCCCGCCCAGCAGGAGGGCAUCCCCGGGCACACCCCUGAGCCCCGGCUCCCUCCGCUCCGCUGCCCAUAGCCCCCUGGACACCAGCAAACAGCCCCUCUGCCAGCUCUGGGCCGAGAAGAGUGGCGCCCGGGGGACCCAUGAGGUGCGGUACGUCUCGGCCGGGCAGAGCGUGGCGUGCGGCUGGUGGGCCUUCGCACCCCCGUGCCUGCAGGUCCUCAACACGCCCAAGGGCAUCCUGUUCUUCCUGUGUGCGGCCGCAUUCCUGCAGGGGAUGACUGUGAAUGGCUUCAUCAACACAGUCAUCACCUCCCUGGAGCGCCGCUAUGACCUGCACAGCUACCAGAGCGGGCUCAUCGCCAGCUCCUACGACAUCGCCGCCUGCCUCUGCCUCACCUUCGUCAGCUACUUCGGGGGCUCAGGGCACAAGCCGCGCUGGCUGGGCUGGGGCGUGCUGCUCAUGGGCAUGGGGUCGCUGGUGUUCGCACUGCCCCACUUCACGGCUGGCCGCUAUGAGGUGGAGUUGGACGCGGGUGUCAGGACGUGCCCUGCCAACCCCAGCGCGGCGUGUGCGGACAGCACCUCGGGCCUGUCCCGCUACCAGCUGGUCUUCAUGCUGGGCCAGUUCCUGCAUGGCGUGGGUGCCACACCCCUCUACACGCUGGGCGUCACCUACCUGGAUGAGAACGUCAAGUCCAGCUGCUCGCCCGUCUACAUUGCCAUCUUCUACACCGCGGCCAUCCUGGGCCCCGCUGCCGGCUACCUGAUCGGAGGUGCCCUGCUGAACAUCUACACGGAAAUGGGCCGACGGACGGAGCUGACCACCGAGAGCCCACUGUGGGUCGGCGCCUGGUGGGUCGGCUUCCUGGGCUCUGGGGCCGCUGCCAUCUUCACCGCCGUUCCCAUCCUUGGUUACCCUCGGCAGCUGCCAGGCUCCCAGCGCUACGCGGUCAUGAGAGCGGCGGAAAUGCACCAGUUGAAGGACAGCAGCCGUGGGGAGGCGAGCAACCCGGACUUUGGGAAAACCAUCAGAGACCUGCCUCUCUCCAUCUGGCUCCUGCUGAAGAACCCCACGUUCAUCCUGCUCUGCCUGGCUGGGGCCACCGAGGCCACACUCAUCACCGGCAUGUCCACGUUCAGCCCCAAGUUCUUGGAGUCCCAGUUCAGCCUGAGUGCCUCAGAAGCUGCCACCUUGUUUGGGUACCUGGUGGUGCCAGCGGGUGGUGGCGGCACCUUCCUGGGCGGCUUCUUUGUGAACAAGCUCAGGCUCCGGGGCUCCGCGGUCAUCAAGUUCUGCCUGUUCUGCACCGUUGUCAGCCUGCUGGGCAUCCUCGUCUUCUCCCUGCACUGCCCCAGUGUGCCCAUGGCGGGCGUCACAGCCAGCUACGGCGGGAGCCUCCUGCCCGAAGGCCACCUGAACCUAACGGCUCCCUGCAACGCUGCCUGCAGCUGCCAGCCAGAACACUACAGCCCUGUGUGCGGCUCGGACGGCCUCAUGUACUUCUCACUGUGCCAUGCAGGGUGCCCUGCAGCCACGGAGACGAAUGUGGACGGCCAGAAGGUGUACCGAGACUGUAGCUGUGUCCCUCAGAAUCUUUCCUCUGGUUUUGGCCAUGCCACUGCAGGGAAAUGCACUUCAACUUGUCAGAGAAAGCCCCUCCUUCUGGUUUUCAUAUUCGUUGUAAUUUUCUUUACAUUCCUCAGCAGCAUUCCUGCACUAACGGCAACUCUACGAUGUGUCCGUGACCCUCAGAGGUCCUUUGCCCUGGGAAUCCAGUGGAUUGUAGUUAGAAUACUAGGGGGCAUCCCGGGGCCCAUCGCCUUCGGCUGGGUGAUCGACAAGGCCUGUCUGCUGUGGCAGGACCAGUGUGGCCAGCAGGGCUCCUGCUUGGUGUACCAGAAUUCGGCCAUGAGCCGCUACAUACUCAUCAUGGGGCUCCUGUACAAGUUUCAGUUACCCGAGGUCAACCACAGUCUGAAUGUAUUAAAUAGGAAAUUCCAGAAGCAAACAGUUCAUAACUUUUAAAGCACGCGCCGUUCUGCACAGUCUGGUGAGAUCUUGAUCUGUCCUGCCCAGGACUCGGAUUCUCCCUUUGUCCAACUUUGGAAGAAGGCAAGGUCAGAAAUUAUUCUGCAGGGAGCUUUGGAGAUAUUGGAUACUAAGGCCCAAGCCCUCUGUGAUACGCCUUUCGCUUUGGCAUAAAAUAACGGUUGACUCUCUGUUAGGCGCGUCUCUGCUCAGGGAGUGGUGGUGUUUGGGGAGGCCCAAAGGCACAUGAGCAUCAGGAAAUUGACCAUUUGACUUCAUAAGACAUAACCUUUGUCCAGCGUGUCCAGGCUAUCCAUGCCACCACCUGUUAAUCACUUAGCAGCCGGUGUGGUUCCCACAUCCCCCAUCACCGUAUCACAGUGCCAUGUUCAAGCCACUCUUAUUUACCUAAUCAUGGCCCCAAAGCACCGGAGCACUCACGCCACCGUUCAGCUCUGCCAAUGGGAAGCCGGAGGCGCCUCCUUCAGCGAGAAGGUGUAGUUCCUUGGCUGGGCUCAGUACCACCCUUAGACUCACGCGUCCACAGGGGUCUCAGUGUCUGCGGAUGAGGGGGCUGCUGUACGUUCCCAGGGAGCCGUCCCCCGACUCUCUCCUUGCUGUGUUGGAUGCAUCCCUUAGCUGGGAGCAGCAGGCUGAGAGCCCUCCACACGCAGCCAUCCCCUGGGCUCAGCACAGCCAGCGGGAGCCGUAUCCAGAGGGUCAGAGUUGGCCUCAGCAGCGCAUGCGUCCAUGUUAAUUGUAGCAGGGGAGCACACAGUGUCUCCUUAUAAACACCCUCGCAUUCCACUUUGUCCUGCACCGAGUCAAAACAGCCUCACUCCCUGAAUGCAGGCUCAGGGCCAUCAGCCAGGCUGACACUCCAGGAGGCACAGUGGGUGUUUCUGGCCCACGCCCAGCGUGGAAAUCAUAGUGGUGCACAUGUACUCUGCGUGGGCGUUGCGGCAGCAUCCGUGCUUGGACCUCACCGCCUUUGGGGCCCACGUGGGAUUCCUGCCACAUCGUCCUCUUGCCCUACAAAGUCGGUGCAGCCCCUCAUUGUUGACAAAGAAACCAAGACCCUGAAGGUUAAGAACUGCCCAUGAUGGUGGCACCGGGGCUUGAACCCCGGCUGUGGUGGUGACCGGCGACUGGCUCUGUGUGAGGUUCCUGUGGCCGCCACGACAAAGGACCGCAAGCGGGGUGGCCUAACAUAGCAGAACCAGAUUCGCUUACAGAUCUGACGCCAGAAGUCAGAAUCAAGGUGGGGGCAGGGCGGGCUCCUUCCGCCGCUCCGGCUCUCUGCGGCUGCAUGUGGCCUUUCCCUCUGUCCCUGCCUCAAGUCUUCCUCUCCUUUCUCUCAUGAGGACACCAGUCAUUGGAUUUGGGGCCCACCUUAGAUCCAGGAUGAUCUCAUCUCAAAUCCUUAAUUACAUCUGCAAAGACCCUAUUUCCAAAAAAGGUCCCAUUCACUGGUGUCUGGCACUGUUCAACCCAUGACAAGCCCCCCAGUCCUGUGCCUCUGUUUUUAGUCAAAGGGUGUGUUUCAUUCCCUCUUUAACAAUAUUGGCGUCUGCUCUACAAACCGGUUAUAUGGGAAAGAUACCCUCUCAGAGCAGGAUGGGUUUCCGUGGACCUGGUGAGGGUGCUGCAGGCUGGGGCAGGGACAGGACUGGGACAGGCCCACCAGUAUCCAAAGGCUCUGGCCGAGCUCCCCACGAGGUCCAGCGGGCUCCUCUCUCCCCAGGUGCUGGGCGUCCUCUUCUUUGCCAUAGCCUGCUUCUUAUACAAGCCCCUGUCGGAGUCUUCAGAUGGCCUGGAAACUUGUCUGCCCAGCCAGUCCUCGGCCCCUGACAGUGCCACAGAUAGCCAGCUCCAGAGCAGCGUCUGACCACCGCCCACGCCCACCCGGCCACGGCGGGCACUCAGCAUUUCCUGAUGACAGAACAGUGCCGUUGGGUGAUGCAAUCACAUGGGAACUUCUAUUUGACCUGCAACCUUCUACUUAACCUGUGGUUUAAAGUCCGCUGUGACCUCCUGUCCCCAGAGCUGUACGGCCCUGCAGUGGGUGGGAGGAACUUGCAUAAAUAUAUAUUUAUGGACACACAGUUUGCAUCAGAACGUGUUUAUAGAAUGCGUUUUAUACCCGAUUGUGUGUGGUGUGCGUGAGGACAAACUCUGCAGGGGCUGUGAAUCCCACUGGGAGGGAGCGGGCCUGCAGCCCGAGGAAGGCUUGUGUGUCCUCAGUUAAAACUGUGCAUAUCGAAAUAUAUUUUGUUAUUUAA